AUGGCGCCUGCGAUAGGAGAGGAUGCCAAGUUGGCCACUUCCACGCUCUACGACGAGAAUGUUCACUUUGGCACGCAUCUAGAGGUUUGGGGAAGCUGGUAUGACACGGAGAAGCAGUGUUGGGGCUAUGCCUGUUGCAAGGGGACUCGGUCGCGACAGAGACGCUGCCCAAAGACAGCGCCACUUGCGGAGGGCGAAGCCGAGGAGGAGGAGGACUUGGAGGUCAAGGUGAGCCGCCGCGUCGCAGAGCUGCUUGAGAAGAAUCCUGGCUUCUGCGGCGAUGUGCCCACGCCAGACCAGGAGCGAAACUGGUCAGAUGCAGAGCUGCGGAACUACCUUCACAGCAACGGCCUAAUUCGGCCAGCCAGGACAAAGGGCGAGCAAAGGCCUGCGCCCACCGCUACCGACUGGAAGGUUUUGGAGCUGGAGCCUGGUGCGGACCCUUCCCAACUCAAGAAGGCUUAUCGGCGUUUGGCCCUGCAGUUUCAUCCCGACAAACACCGUGGUGACAAGGACAAGGCAUCGGCAACGGAGAAGUUCAGGAAGGUGGUGGCUGCCUACGAGGCCAUUGCCGGGCAUGUAGCGGAGAUUCCCGCAGUUGCUGCAACGACAGACGGUGGCCAGAAGCGUCGCUGGCGAAUCGUCAUUGUCGAGUAG